CAAUUAAAUACAUUUAUUGACGAUGUUAGAUCUAGAGGUUGUACCAGAACGCAAUUUGGGAAAUGAACAGUGGGAACUUGUUUUAGGAAUGCCUAUCUCCCAGGCUAUAUCAAUACUCCGAGGGCAGUGUCGGGAGAUUAAAGACAUUCAUCUUUGUUACUGUGACUAUGAUCCGCUGGCAAUGGACGUUAUAUUGAACAUGACUGAAGAUGGAAUACGCCUUGUAUUCGAUCCUAUAUCUCAGAGGCUGAAAAUCAUCGAGGUUUAUAACAUGGAGAGGGUAAAGCUGAAGUAUUGCGGGGUACACUUCAACUCCCCCACCGUCUCCCCCACUAAUGAUCAGAUAGAGAUGAGCUUCGGGGCUACUCACCCGGGGGUAUUCGACCCGGCUAAUCAGCAGUUCAUUCUUAACUUCAGAGGGUUGUCGUUUUUCUUCCCGAGUAACGACAAGUUAGAACACAACUAUUCCCACGGACUGGGAAGUCUGCAGUUCAGUAAUGGCCCCCCUGUGGUUAGCAAGCUUUGUAUCUACAUGGGAAAUACUUUAUCUGAAACCAAGGCACCAUCCCUGCCUAUAUCUUGUUACCAGUCCAAAUGUUAUUGCGAAAAAGUGGAACUUGUUAAAGAUGACAGCGGCCAAAUCAGUGGUGUUAAAGUUGAGCUCUAUGGCGAAUCAGGUAGUCCGAACAAGCAGAACGAUGUCAGACAAGGCUCGCUGGUCCAGGAGAUCAAGUUUGGUGAGAGUUGUCAGGAUGUUAUGAGUAGUUUGGGAGCGCCCUGUAAGAUAUACUACAAGGACGAGGAUAAGAUGAAGAUACACUCUAAAUCUCCUGAAAAGCAGCUGGAGAAAGAAGAGUCGGACUAUUUCUACAACUAUUUCACCCUUGGAAUAGACAUUCUGUUUGAUGGUAAAACACACACCGUUACAAAGCUUGUUUUACACAAUAACUACCCGGGUCACUACGACUUUAACAUCUACUACAGAGCUUAUUUUGAGUUGGAGUUGGAGCUAGAUGCUAAUACGAAAUGCUGCGUCACCUCUACUACCAAAUGGGACAAAGUAGAAGAAAUAAUUGGAGAACAUUACAGUAAACCUGUAGUACUAAACCGGAGGAGCUCUACGAAUGCUACAAACCCUUUUGGUCCUACUUUCUGCUACGGCUUCAACAGUGUGAUAGUUGAAGUGAUGCCAAACAAUAAUUACAUCGCUUCAGUAACGAUAUACAAAUAAACGUGACAUCAUCAUCAUGUCACGUGAUUUCAUCAUCAUGUCACGUGAACCAAUUAAAUUGACUCAAUGGAACGCAGUUGAGAGUAUUGUGAUUGAAGUGGUGUCGUUUCAAGGAUGUGAAUUAUCAGAAAGUUAACGAAGGUAAAGCAAAAAAAGAAAUAGACUCAAAGUUACUUUAUCGGACCUUAUUUGGGCGGACAUUGCGCAGACAGACACAAUUUUGGGCGGACAUUGCGGACAAUUAUGGGCACAAAUAUUUCUCUGCUCGUUCAAGACAGUCGGACUUCAAUUAAAGUGAACAUUACGUGGACGCUGUCCUACUAAAUAAUGUCCGAAAAGAUUAAUUAGUUGAUAUUUGUUGUACAAUUUCGGGGUUUGAGAUUUAUUGUUGGUAAUUUUUGCAUUUCAUACCAACAAAAUAUUUGAUAAGUUAAAUGAAAUUUCAAUGGUAGAUAAUGACGAACAAUUAGUUUUUACGUUCUCCAAACCUUCAUUGUGUAGCUUUAGAUACGGUAACCACAAAGUUUGUAAUUGUAGUUUUGCUUGCACGGAUUUUUACAUUGAUAGAGCCAUUUCUGUGAAUUGUAACACAUUUAUAUACGUUAAAGUUAAACAAAAGAAAUGAUAUUUAGAAUUACAUUUUAAAACUUUGGUUAUUUGUAUGCAUUGAGAAUUGAACGUUGAAGAGAUGUCUAGAUUAUUGUGCAAGACUGUUAUUG